UCCUGUUUGUCUCCGUCCGAUCCGAGGCCGAGCGGCAGGAGCGGCCAUGGCGGCGGCGGCGGGUCCGGGGCCCGGCGGGGGCGGCCGGCGCGGAGCCCGCAGGGGGGCGGCCAACAUCCUGGCCCAGCUCCGGCACGGGCAGCUGAGCGGCCGGGGCCUGACCCGGGGGCGCAGAUCACAGAGGCCUUGUUAAAGGAAAGGGAUAAACAAGCAAAAUGGAAUGGAAUUCCCCUGCUGUUGCAGAAACUGUAUGAGAACAGCCAUCCGAACAGCGACUUCUCUCAGUGCCAAAGCAUCCUCAAGGAAAUUUCUCCACUUCUCUCAAUGGAGGCCAUGGCAUUUGUCACAGAAGAUAGAAAAGCUGCUCAAGAAUCCACUUUCCCAAACACGUACACGUUUGAUUUGUUUGGAGGAGUAGAUCUUCUAGUGGAAAUUCUUAUGAGACCAACUCUUAUUACACAGAAAAAGAAACAGAAAAUAAGUGAUGACCUGAUCAAGGACUGCUUAAGCAUAUUGUACAACACUUGCAUAUGUACUGAAGGAGUCACUAAACGAUUGGCAGAAAGAAAUGAUUUUGUGUUGUUCCUGUUUACGUUGAUGACAAACAAAAAAACAUUUCUGCAAACAGCAACACUUAUUGAAGAUAUCCUAGGAGUUAAAAAGGAAAUGAUACAAUUAGAAGAUAUUCCCAAUCUUGCAAGUCUAGUAUCCAGUUUUGAUCAACAGCAACUUGCCAAUUUCUGUAGGAUCCUUGCAGUCACAAUUUCAGAGCUUGACACAGGGAGUGAUGACAAACAUACGCUUCUUGCUAAAAAUGCACAGCAGAAAAAAAAUUUGGGUCCUUCUCGAGCUGAAGUUAAUCAAGCUACACUCCUGAAUAUUCCAGGCUUUGUUGAGCGAUUAUGCAAACUGGCAACGAGGAAAGUAUCAGAAACAACGGGUACUUCAAAUUUCCUCCAGGAGUUAGAGGAGUGGUACACAUGGCUGGACAAUGCACUUGUUCUUGAUGCCCUGAUGCGGGUAGCAAAUGAGGAGGCAGAGCAGAGCAGCACAGAAUCUUCAGAUGAAAGUGGAUUAGCCAACACCUCAACAAGAACUCAGCUUCCACAGUCCAUGAAGAUCAUGCAUGAGAUCAUGUACAAGCUGGAGGUGUUGUAUGUUCUCUGUGUAUUGCUGAUGGGGAGACAGAGGAAUCAGGUUCACAAAAUGAUAGCAGAAUUCAAAUUGAUUCCUGGCCUUAAUAACCUGUUUGACAAACUGAUCUGGAGAAAACAUUCGGCAUCAGCCCUUGUUCUGCAUGGGCAUAACCAAAACUGUGACUGUAGUCCAGACAUUACUUUAAAGAUACAGUUUUUGAGGCUUCUUCAGAGUUUUAGUGAUCAUCACGAGAACAAAUAUCUUCUGUUAAACAGCCAAGAACUUAAUGAACUGAGUGCAAUCUCCCUCAAAGCCAACAUCCCUGAAGUAGACGCAGUUGUCAACACAGACAGAAGUCUAGUCUGUGAUGGAAAAAGAGGUUUGUUAACCAGGCUACUACAGGUCAUGAAGAAGGAACCAGCUGAGUCCUCUUUCAGGUUCUGGCAAGCAAGGGCAGUUGAGAGUUUUCUACGAGGUGCCACUUCCUAUGCAGACCAGAUGUUCCUGCUAAAGAGAGGACUCUUAGAGCAUAUUCUCUACUGCAUUGUUGACAGUGAGUGCAAAUCACGGGAUGUGCUUCAGAGUUACUUUGAUCUGCUGGGAGAACUGAUGAAAUUCAACAUUGAUGCUUUCAAGAGGUUCAACAAAUAUAUCAACACAGAUGAGAAGUUUCAGAUCUUUUUGAAUCAGAUCAACAGUUCACUGGUUGACUCAAACAUGUUGGUUCGCUGCAUUACAUUGUCUCUGGACCGAUUUGAGAACCAGUCUGAUAUUAAAGUUGCAGAAGUCUUGUCCGAGUGCCGCCUGUUAUCAUACAUGUCUCAGAUGUCCAUGAGAAUGUCCUUCCUUUUCCGCCUCAUUAAUAUUAUUCAUGUACAGACACUCACACAGGAAAAUGUCAGUUGUUUGAACACAAGCUUAGUUAUCUUAAUGCUGGCCCGAAGGAAAGACAAGCUACCCUUCUACCUGCACACGCUGCAAGAGAUGGAAUAUAUGGAAAAAUACCCAGGGUUCAUCCUGAACAAUUUUCAUAGUCUCCUGCGAUUCUGGCAACAGCAUUACCUCAACAAGGACAAAGACAGCACCUGCUUAGAAAAUAGUUCAUGUAUUAGUUUUACCUACUGGAAAGAGACUGUAUCUAUACUGCUUAGUCCCGACCGGACAUCACCCUGUGCCAUAGUUAGCUAUAUUGAUGAGGCGUAUAUGGACAUUGACAGAGAUUUUACUGAGGAGUGAUUCUUCAGACUGGCUUCAAAUGGACAGCGCUUGGAGGGUAUCUGGCAGAUGGUGGAUUUUCAGGGAUACGCUGCGUAGUGUGUGCGUGUGUGCGUGUGCAGGCUUGGAACCAUGGAUGUUACUGCUUUGUUAAAGACUCUUCCCCCCCACCUCUGAUCUCUGACGGAUGGGACUUCGUAAGCUAUCUGGGCGACACAUUCAGGGACGGAGCUUCCAGUUGUUUUGGGAUAAAAAUAAUCACCUGCAAAAACUAAUCUUUUUUCUGGCACCCGCAGUGUAGCGUGGCUAGACAAGGAUACUCCACAUUAGUUGUAGCUUCUCCUUGUGGCCACCCGAAUUAGCAGGUUAAAAAGCACAGGAAAGGCCCCAGGCCGUCCAACCCAAGGCCUGACAGGCCAAACGCAUGCAGAUGCCUAUCCCCCUCUCCCCCCCCCCACCGCAUCUACUAGGAGCAGUCUUUUCAGGGUUGGGUGUGUCGGGGUGUGGAGAUCAGGGUGGGUUAGAUUGUGUGUGGUUUUGAAUUCCUGGAUGCUGAUGCUCCGUUCACCUUUUCACCAUCCACUUUUGGAUUGUUUGGUGAUAAAUCUGUUUAGCCCACAUCUCUGUCUGUGCUGCUCCAUUAGGAGGUAACCUCUGCUCUUGCUCUCCUCCAGCAGCUCCUUCCUGUCGGAAGGGGUUAUACAGUGCUGCAGAAAGCAGCAACGUUUCAGUGAUGGGAAAUUGCAGUCUGGGGACUAGCUUUGACCAGGCAUUAACAAAUUAAAAUUUACUGAUUUUUAAACUUGUGGCUUGUCCCUUCUUGGGUUACUAAUCUGGUUUUAAAAUUGCCUUCAGGAGCACUGCUUUUGCUGCAAGGUUCUCUAUUCUUGAACACGGCUAGUGCUAACCAGCUGUGCCUGGAAACCUAACACCGGAGUCUAAGCUUGCAGUCUUCAGUACCUUGAAUCCACCUACCAACAUUAAUUUUGAAGUGCAAUAUUUACUUGGAGAUGUCAGGUUUUUCCUAGAGUUGUUGUUUUAAUCACAGUAACACUGCUAGAUGUUGGGAAUAAAAGACCUUUGGUCAAAA